ACUUUGAAAUAGUAAUUAUCAAAGAGUAUAAUAAUAUAUAGGGAAUUGAUAAUAAAAUCAUAAGGUAAAUAAAAAAUCCGUCCGUCUGUCAAUCUAUCAAUGACUGCUGCACCGUGCACGUCUAAUACAAAUCAAAGACAAUUUGAUUCAAAUUACAAUCGCUUUAUUGUUAGAAGCAGUCGUUAACUUUGCUUAGAACUUAGAAGAUUAAAAAAAAGUUAGAGAGUUUCGCUAGGCUGAUCACAAUUCAAAACAAAGUUUGAGUUAGUAAUUUAUAUUUUAUCUAGUAGAAAUGCCAAUAGAUUUGCAAGGUACAUUCGUUUCCCAGAAAAUUAAUAAAAUUUGCUGGAUACCCGAAGAUUAUGUAGAAACUAAACACUUUUUUACUGGAAGUUGGGAUGAUGACAGUAACUCUAUAAGAGUGUGGGCAUUGGAAAAUGUAAAUGAAGAUGAAGAUACUGAGUAUCCUCGCCAGCUAUCAGAGUAUAAGGUAGAAGGUGAUGUGACAGAACUGAAGUUGGUAGAUAAAACCACCGUAGCUGCAUCGUUAUCUUGUGGAGAUGUGCGGCUAUUACAAAUCAGUGCUUACGACAGGCAAAUUCCACUCAAAGAUGUCUAUGCUUGGGAAAACCUACAUAAUAUCAACACAGAGAAAUGUCCAUGCACAUCACUAGACACAUUUGAAGGUGAAAUAGUGACGGUAGGUGAAGAAGGGAACAUAUGUCUGUUGAGCAGCAGAAGUGGUGAUGUGGUGCGCAAGAUUACUGAUACUGAUGGUUGCUCACUUCAUGCAGUCUGCUUCAUCAAAUUAAAUGAGGUAAUCACAGGUGACAUCAGAGGACACAUGAAGAUCUGGGACACAAGAUCUGAAAGCAAUAAAUCCAUGGCAUCCUUUGUGUUAGCUGAUGAAGAGAUAGCAGUUACAUGUAUAGUGAGACAUACCACUCAGCCACACAUCAUCCUUGCUGGAAGUGAACUAGGUUCCCUAGCAAUAUGGGACCUCCGGAUGAACCAGUUCCCUUCAUCUAUAGUGAAUGCCCAUAGUGCCGGUGUUACAGAAAUGCAAUUCCAUCCAGAGAAUCCAAAUAAACUCCUGACUACCUCCUUAUCAGGAGAUCUUUGGGACUGGGAUAUGCAGUCCUUGACCAAGAGAAGCCCCGAGAACUAUGUGCCUCUUGAAGAAAAAGGAUCUAUGAAUGUUACUUCCAUAAUAUCUGGUUUACAUAAGGCUAUUAAUACUUUACACUGUGAUAAGGGCCGAAUAGUCUGUGGAGCUGAUAAUGAGGCUGUAUAUCUAAUUAAAAAUUUAAAGUACUGAGUUGGACAAAUAUGGAACACCCAGUGUUUGUGUAACAUUUACACACAAUUUGAACUCUAAUGUUGUGAAUGAAGAUUUUUCGAUAUUUAUUGUUUUAUUUUUCUUUUCUCUCAAACUUCAAAUUUCAGCUGCAUGAUAGAAAUAAAUGAACAGUUUGUAAUUGAAAUUUAAAGAUACAUAUUGAUUGAGA